AUUCGAGAGUAUAACAUAUGUAUGUAUAUGAUGUUUAUAAUACGAAAAGAACUUGCAGGAUACCUCCGGAUAGAAAGUUUGGAUCGUUAAAAAAUAUAAUUAAUACGUAUAUCUUUCUUACAGCGGCGCAUUGCAUGAAAAUAGACGCUUCUAUCAACGGUACAAUACACCCCAAUAUGGUGGAGGUAUUACUGGGGAGAUUUAACUUGUUCCAAUCGCAGGAAUAUGGAUCUGCCAAUCUGAAAGUCGCCAGCUAUGAGAUUCAUUCCAAUUUUAAAAAUGGUAUCAACGCCGAUUUUGAUCUUGCGGUUUUGAGCCUCAAGAACGUCGUCGAGUUCAAUCCUUUUAUCAAGCCUAUUUGUCUAUGGUCCGGUUUAACUCAACUUGAAGACGUUAUUAAUAAGACAGGGUAUGUCGUAGGAUGGGGUGAAGACGAAUUGAAUCGUCGUGAUAUCGAAGAUCAACAGAUGGUGAUGGCAACGAUAGUGAGCCAAGAGACAUGUCACUGGUCUGAUCCUUGGUUCGUUUCUUUGACUUCGAGAAACACAUUUUGCGCUGGUGACAUAGACGGAUUUAGUCCUUGUAACGGUGACAGUGGAAACGGGCUGAUACUUUUGAAUAAUAUCACGGGCAGUUAUGAGUUGCGUGGUGUUGUUUCGCGAAUUUUACCAGGUGAAACUAUACAAUGCGAUCCACAAAAAUACGUCGUUUAUGUUGAUGUGGCCAAAUACAUACCCUGGAUUCAACAACAGAUUUCGAUGUAACGUUCGUCUUGCGUUGCAAAAUGCUAUACAUGUUAAUCGACAUGUUUCUUUAUGUAAAGUUUAUUCGAAGACGCAGUACAUAUGUACAGUUACGCGUGAGGAUUAAACAAUCAUGAAUUCUGUUUUUGGUUA